GCGAUAAUCCAUAUUUCGUGCGCAAACGGACGCGGCAGGGAUGCGGCGGCCGUAACAGCGCCUCCCGCCGGUUUUUUUUUUUUUUUCUGAUCGUGCUCGCUGUCUGACGCGCUUUCUUGUGUCAUGGUCGCUGCUUUCUAGUGGGAUGCACAUCAGUGUUUGGCCGUACUCGCUCUCCGUCGUAAUGGCAGCUCUGUACCAGGGCACGGACACGUCCUCUCCGGAUAAAUUUCUGGCGUUGAAAGAUGUCAGAGAGGUGAAGGAGGAAACGACGCUGGACGAGAAGCUCUUCUUGUUGGCGUGCGAGAAAGGCGACUACUACAUGGUGAAGAAACUGCUGGAGGAGAACCAACACGGCGAGCUCAGUGUCAACUGUGUAGAUGUGCUGGGCCGGGACGCCGUCACCAUCGCCAUCGAGAACGAGAACCUGGACAUCCUUCAGCUCCUGCUGGAUCACGGAUGCCAGACAACAGAUGCCCUGUUGGUGGCCAUCGAUUCGGAGGUGGUGGGAGCUGUGGACAUUCUUCUCAACCACAGGCCAAGGAGAUCUUCUAAGCCAUCUAUUGCUAAACUGAUGCAGCGGAUUCAGAACCCGGAGUAUUCCACCACCAUGGACGUGGCACCCGUCAUCCUGGCAGCCCACAGAAACAACUACGAGAUCCUGACUAUGCUGCUCAAACAGGACAUCUCGCUGCCCCGGCCCCACGCUGUGGGCUGCGAGUGCACACUCUGCAACGCAAAAAACAAGAAGGACAGUUUACGCCACUCCAGAUUCCGUCUGGACAUCUACCGCUGCCUGGCCAGCCCUUCGCUGAUCAUGCUGACUGAGGAGGAUCCAAUACUCAGAGCCUUUGAGCUGAGUGCAGACCUGAAGGAGCUCAGCCUGGUGGAGGUGGAAUUCAGGAAUGACUAUGAGGAGCUGGCGAAGCAGUGUAAGAUGUUUGCCAAAGACUUGUUGGCUCAGGCCCGAAACUCUCGAGAACUAGAAGUCAUUCUCAACCACACUUCCAGCGAGGAUCACGUAGACAAGAGAGGUUUACUGGAGGAGCGCAUGAACCUCAGUCGACUCAAACUGGCCAUCAAGUACAAUCAGAAAGAGUUUGUGGCACAGUCCAACUGUCAGCAGUUCCUCAACACGGUCUGGUUUGGAGAGACGGCAAGCUACCGGCGCAAACACACGUGUUUAAAGAUAGCCACGGUGCUGAGCGUGGCCAUACUUUGGCCGCUGCUUUCCGUCUGCUACCUUCUGGUGCCACGCUCCCGCGUGGGCCAGAUCAUUCACACGCCCUUCGUCAAAUUCAUUAUUCACAGCGCCUCCUACUUCACCUUCCUGCUGUUGCUCAACCUCUACUCCUUGGUCUACAAUGAGGGCAAGAAGAACACGAUGGGUCCUGCGCUGGAGAUGAUUGACUAUCUUCUCAUCCUCUGGAUCAUAGGGAUGGUGUGGUCUGAUGUGAAACGUCUGUGGUACGAAGGUUUGGAAGACUUCCUGGACGAGUCUCGAAACCAGCUGAGCUUUGUCAUGAAUUCCCUUUACCUCGCCACCUUUGCCCUCAAGAUAGUUGCUCACAGUAAGUUCAAGAAUGUGGAGGACACAGAGAGGAAGAACUGGGACGCCUUCCAUCCCAUCCUGGUGGCUGAGGGCUUCUUUGCCUUCGCAAACAUUCUUAGUUACCUUCGACUCUUCUUCAUGUACACCACCAGUUCCAUACUGGGGCCCCUACAGAUCUCCAUGGGACAGAUGCUGCAGGAUUUUGGCAAGUUUUUGGGCCUCUUCCUACUUGUGUUAUUCUCCUUCACCAUUGGGCUGACACAGCUCUACGGAAAAGAUCAGAAAGACCCAGAAAAGAACACGCCCAAGGACUGCGAGGGCAUCUUUUGCCAUCAACAGAGCAACGAUGCAUUUCACACGUUUAUGGGAACCUGCUACGCCCUGUUCUGGUAUAUUUUCUCCCUGGCGCAUGUCGCGCUCUUUGUCACCCGUAUCAGCUACACAGAAGAGCUGCGCUCUUUUGUGGGUACUAUGAUCAUUGGCACCUACAACAUUGUAGUUGUCAUUGUGCUGACCAAGCUGCUGGUCGCCAUGCUCCACAAAAGCUUCAGACAAAUUGCUAAUCAUGAGGACAAGGAGUGGAAGUUUGCUCGAGCCAAACUGUGGCUGAGCUACUUUGAUGACAAGUGCACCCUGCCACCUCCCUUUAACAUCAUCCCUUCCCCAAAAACAGUGUGCUACUUGGUAACCAGCAUGAGCAAGUGGAUUUGUUCACACACCUCAAAGGGCAAGAUGAAGAGGCAAAAUAGCCUCAAGGAGUGGAAGAACCUGAAGCAGAAACGUGACGAGAACUACCAGAAGAUCAUGUGUUGUCUCGUUCACCGCUACUUGACCUCCACGCGGCAGAAGAUGCAAAGCACAGAUCAGGCCACAGUGGAAAAUCUAAACGAUCUACGCCAAGACCUUUCUAAGUUUCGCAAUGAGAUGAGGGACCUGCUGGGCUUCCGAACCUCCAAAUAUGCCAUGUUCUACCCCAGGAGCUAAAAAGACUAUCUGUUAUCUCCUUUUAUUCUCGUUUUGACGAAGUCAAAGUUUUUCAUGUAUAUGGGAUACUGUGUGACCCCUGUAUGUGCACAAACUCUGCUCUUUGAAUCACAGAGGCAGCAUUUAAACCCACAACUUAACGAGAAAAUAUAUACAGUAUUCUCUGCAUUCAGGCCCCACUAUGUAUUCACUUUUUCUUAAAUAAAAAUGACUCCUUUUCAACAAAAAUAAAGAUUUAUGAAAA